GGCCUAGGCCUGCGGCGGUGGUGGACGGCCGCUCACAGGCCUUCGGCUUGGGUCCCUCUGGGUGUCCCGGGGGCUGUGUUUUCAUUACCUACUGACUCUCCCUUUUUCUCUCUUUCCCCCGGCUUCGUGCGUGGGGGUUUCUGGGUGUGGUUUACGGGUUGUUUUUAUAUUUUUUUAUUAUUUUUUAUUCCCGAAGUCGGUGAGAUCAUCCUGCCUGGAGGCUGCGGUGUGACAGAAAUAUUAAAUAGCCCUCUGGCUCGGGGAGGCUUCCUCAGCUAAACUCCGUAGUCACCUUGCAAUCAGGUGGUAGUCUUUCAGAAAAUGAGUACCUAAUUGAACCGGAGGUCAUACUUCAGGAAAACAGGCUGAAACCUAAAAGCAUAAGGCGUAUAUUAGAUCAUAAACCUUAAAGAAUAGACCAGAGUAAUUAUGAAUGAAAAUCUAAAGGAGUAGGUCUUAGGUUGAAAAUGCUAGAAAACGUAAGGUGUUGGCAUGCGACCCCUAUCUCUUUGCAAAGGAAGAGUAAUCUGAGUCAUAACUGGAUUUCGAUUUCAGGGUUUUUUUCUAUCUUAGUAGCAAAUAUCCUUCAACUUUUCAAUACUCUGAAAUAUUCUAGUGUAAUGUAUCUAAUUUUUGAUGCAGUUAAUAGCCUUCGAUUUUCAUAACGCUAAAACAUUUUAGGUGCCAAAGUACUUAGUUUUGAUGGCAUUUGAUAAAUAGGGAUAGUAGUUGUCAUCCAUGGAGUUAUGUUAAACAGAUGGGACAACCAAGCACUUCACACUUCUUACGGUUUCUAAGUGAGUCAUUUAAGGAGUGUGACUAAUCCUACCAUACAGUUGUCAACAAAAGAAUAUUUUUUUUUCCUUAACUACCCACAAAAUCAAAGAGAUUUCCAGAUUUUCUGUGGAUAACUGAAAACUAAAGAACCUCUCCUUUGAGCAACACAUUAAAUUUAGAUUGAGGAGGACUACAUGUGAUGGACUUCUUAAGAAUAUAUAUCGUAUUUUCUUCUGUGCAGCAAUGCAGUGAUUGUAUUGGGAAUACAAUCAUAUAAUAUAAUCACAUAAUGGGAAGUCGGUUAGCUUAGAAUGGUCAUUGUCGGGCAAGCAGCCGCAUGUUCUAAGGCAUUUGUCUAAAUAACAACCUCACGUGAAAUUGAAUUAAUUUUAUCAAUCCUCUUCCCCCCUCUCCCCUCUGCACCUGUGUCAAGUUUUAAGUCACCUGGGACUUCAGUAUUCAGUGCAGUCUGGAUUGGGGAUUUUCAUGGUAAUAUUCACGGUGGGAGUUGCCAAGGCAAUGAUAGUGUUGGCUAUCAUUGGUGGGGUUGGGUGGGAACUCCUUUUGUUGUGAGGAAACCGGGGUAGUAAGAGAAAGAGCUGGAUGAGAAAUUUGUGAUUAGAAGUGUGGUAUGAGAAGUGACCUGGUUUGAACAUAGCCCCUGUGGGAAAUCAGAGUCAGAAGUUAUCUACAGUUUGUGAGGCUGAGCCAAGAGGACAACACUGAUAGAAAAGAAAAAAUAUUAUGGGAAUGGAAAGUGUCUUGAAGGGAAGAUACUCAUUUAAUUUCUUUUAAGCUGAAUGAGUUAGAGCUAGGAGUUUGAAUGCAUCAAAAUGUAGUGUUGGACACAGGAGGAAGAUGGUUGAUUUGGAAGAAGUGUAUUUAGAAGUGCAGUUACCUGGGGCAGGGGCUGGUGGGGGGAAGUAACAUGAGGUGUGGAAAUAUUGAAACCAAGGAUACGUCAGAAUGGAUCCCACAAAGAACAUAAGAAAGGACAGUUUGGCAUUAUCAUUAUGGAUCGCUUCCGACACCGUGCAGGAAAUGGCAAUGAGCAGGCGCCUUCACGAGAGCGCAGCCACGGCGAAGGUGAGAGACAGCGGCAGCUGGAGCGACAGCUGGAGCGCCUCAGUAGGGAGGAGGCCUAUUACCAGUUCAUUAACGAGCUCAACGAGGAGGACUACAGGUUAAUGAGGGACCGAAACCUGCUUGGCACUCCUGGAGAAAUAACAGCAGAAGAGUUGCAGCAGCGUUUGGAGGGGGCUAAGGAGCGACUGACAUCGCAGUCUGAUAUGGAUAACAGAGAAGGUGAAGGUAGAACUGUUGGAGAUUCUGAAGUUCUCAGGGAAAACUCCAACGGCGACUCUUUGCUUGAAUGGCUUAACACGUUUCGUCGCACAGGAAAUGCCACUCGCAGUGGACAGAGUGGGAACCAAACCUGGAGAGCUGUGAGUCGAACGAAUCCAAACAGUGGGGAGUUUCGCUUUAGUCUUGAGAUCAAUAUAAAUCAUGAUCAUAACAGUUCUGAAACUUCUGGUGAGGAGAAUGUUGAUGUAGAUGCUACCAGACUGUACGUAGAAAGAAGACGUCAGCUAGUUGCCAGUUCAGUAGCCCCACGGACGAGGAGCAUGGCUGCAAGAGAGGCAAACAACGAAGCUGCAAGGACCAGGCUUUUAAGGCGUGCCAUGGCAUUAAGGUCAGAAAUAGUCUCUCAUGCAGUUUCGGAGAGGCUCAGGAGUAGAACGAGGGAGCUGACAGGCCAGACAAAUAAUACUACACGAAAUAAUUCUGUGGCUGCUGGUGAGCCAAGAGAAAUGCCAAGAGAAAGAGGUAAUUCUGCAGGAGUCAGAAGGGGUAGAGCUAGAACUAAUGUCCAGAUGAAUACAAACCAAAGACUAGAAAUUUUGCGGCUGAGGUCUACCUUAAGUAGUCGAAGCCGCUCCCCGCUGCAAAGGCAAGGUGAUGCUGCUCCUUCUGAGGAACGUGGUCAGAGGCAGGAUAGAAAUGCACAGCAAGUCAAUAGGAGUAGGAGACAAACAGCUCAGGCUUCUCCACAGCCUGCUGAGGAGCAAGCAAGAGAAAACGCUCAGACUCCCCAGCUUUCCAGUGUAGCGCCAUCCUUAGGAAUAACUUUGGAAGAGGAAGAAUCUAGUAGGCCAGUAGCUGCUGUCAGAAGGCACCCAACAAUUACACUAGAUCUUCAGGUGAGAAGAAUUCGUCCUGGAGAAAACAGAGACCGGGACAGCAUUGCCAGUAGAACUCGUUCUAGAGCAGGAAUGUCAGAAAACACGGUUACCUUUGAAAGUGACAGUGGGGGAUUUCGGCGCACGAUAUCCCGAUCAGAACGCGCCGGUAUUCGGACCUACAUUAGCACUAUACGGAUACCUCUUCGUCGGAUUUCAGAAACUGGGCUUGGAGAGCCUUCAUCAGUGGCACUUCGAUCAAUCCUUAGACAGAUAAUGAACGGCUUUGGAGAACUGAGUUCUUUAAUGGAAACUGAAUCUAAUUCAGAAGUGCAAAGAGGCGGUCAUCACUCAGCAGAUGCACAGAAUAACUCAAGUUCAGCAAACGGCAGUGAUCCAAGUGGGGUUUUGUCUAGACAUGGAAAUGCAGUAGACAGCAGCAGGGAAAGAAAUGGGCAGAGGGGUGGUAGUCAACGUUCUGGGCGCAAUCGUGAGAGCCAAGAUAGCAGGCAGUCUCAAGAGGCAAACAACCUGGUGGAGAACGGAACACUGCCCAUCCUUCGACUUGCCCACUUCUUCCUGCUGAAUGAAGAUGAUGAUGAUGAUGAUCGUUUGAGAGGUUUAACCAAAGAGCAGAUUGACAAUCUUUCUACACGGAACUAUGGGGAUGUUCACACUGAAAAUGAAUGGAGUAAAACAUGCAGUGUUUGCAUUAAUGAAUAUGCAACAGGGAAUAAACUAAGGCAGUUACCUUGUACACAUGAGUUUCAUAUUCAUUGUAUUGACCGCUGGCUUUCUGAAAACUCCACUUGCCCAAUUUGUCGGCAGCCAGUUCUGGGGUCUAAUGCCACAGAUAAUGGCUAGACCUGUUUGUACCUGCUCAGCACUCAAGGAUUUUCACCUGCUCUGUUAUAAGCCAGAUGAAAUUCAUUGACUUAGGUAUGGGUCCAUUUGUGGGGGGUGUUUUGUUAAAUUUCUUUAAAAAUUAUAGAAACUUCUCUAAAUCUAACAAUGUAAAUACUAUUUUUUCCAAGUGCAGGUCUAGGAGCACACAUAGAACCAAAUGAUAUUGGUAAAGUUUAUAUUUUUUUAGGUAAUUUUGUUAUGCUAAGCACUUUUGUAAAUACAGAAAUGCAAUAGUUAAUCAGUCCUGCUUAAUGUAUGUUUUUUAACAUUGUAAUGGACUCGCUUUAUUUAGAUUACAAAUUGUUUCACACAGACCCACCACUGUGUUGAAAAAUUAGUGGCUAAAUGGCCAUUUGUUAGCUUUUUGUUCUAAGAACAAUUUCUUUUACAGAGAGUCUCUUGCUGGACAUGUUUGCUAAAGAUAUUUAAGUUACUUGAAGUGCUCAUUUUAAUAGACUUUUUUUUUUAAACAUUGAAAUAUCCUUUCCAGAAACUUGCCAAUUUGGUUCUACUUUAAAAAUUCUAUGGCAAUUUUUGCAUGUGGGUUUACACAGUUCUUAACGUUGACGAGUUCUUAUUCAGAAGUGGAUGAGUUAGUGCUAUUAUGAAAUGUACAUAAUUAAAUGCUGUCUUUGACAAUCUUUGUCUUUUCAGUGCAGACGGCAAUCAAAUCUGGUAAUUCCAAGAGGGUGUGUCUUACUUGCUCAAGGAAUAAAUGAGCACUAAGGAAGCAUUUUUACUCUUCCAGAUUUAUCAAUCAAUAUUCCUGGGGUUUUAACUGCCUUAGUUUAAAGAGGGGAAACAUUUCCUUGGCCAUUAUAUUGUCUAUAAUAUGCAUGUUUUGGGCAUCCUACGCAGAAGAACAAAACAAAGACCUGAAAUGCUUUUGUACAGAAAUUUAAGGUACACAUGUAGUGUUAGUCCUCUUGAAACACGCCUGAGGACCAAGUGGUAAAAGACAUUAAAAAGGACAAAAUAAGCUUCCCUGAAAACCCCCAGUAUCUGUAUAAUUAGAUAAUAAACUUUUAUACCAAUGACUUAAACUGAAAUAAAGUUGCAAGUUAAAUAAUUGAGGCUUU